ACAACGAAUUUUCUAAAUCGCACAUGCAUAAUCUUGCUCCAGUAACUAUCAUAGCUAGCUACAUACAGUUAGCUAACUAGCCGUUCAACGCAUAACUCGUUAGCUAGACCGCCAAGUUAGCUAUGUAAUGUCAUUUUCCACGCCAUUAGCUAGUAUUGUUAACCAACUAUUAAAGCUAUAAAUUAUCGAAACGGUAACAAAACUAAGUGUUUUCGCUCACAAUGGCCUUCGUCAAAGCUAACGUUAGCAAACCCCUACCAUUGACCUAGCUAACCGUUAGUUUGAUCUGUUACGUUAUAGUUUAGCUAACUAAUUAUCAUAUAUUAAAAGUUGGCAAUUAAAACAAGGUCUAAGUCACGAUGCAAAGACGAUAUCAAAUUUUAGCAGGCGCCAGCAUCUUACUAGCUAACGUUAGGUUACGUUACAGUAGCUAGCUAGCAACAUAAACGUUAGGUAGACAAAUUGGCUUCUAGCGCAUGCCGAAUUCAAACAAUUAAGAUGCAUAACCAGCAAAUGACCAGGAUAGCCAUUUUCACUAGCAUUUCCAGUAAAACGACGUCCCCCUUCGCCCUACAUUUAAUGAGUAUUACCGAUGGACGGCGGACCAACCGAUGUCGUGGUUGAGGCCAAGGACAGCAUCACCUAUGAGGGGGAGGAGGUGGUGGCAGACCUGCUCCAGCAAGCAGCAGAGGGGGUAAUGGACCAGCAGCCUGUGGGAGAGGGGGGCCUGGAUCCCCAGGAGCUGGUGGAUGGAGUCAAUGUGGAGAUGAUGGUAAUGGAUUCCCUGGACCCUGCCCUGCUGCAGAUGAAGACUGAGGUGAUGGACGCCCCUGUGAUCACAGCCCACGAGGCCACGGUCACCACAGUGGAUGAGACCCAGAUCAUCACUCUGCAGGUUGUCAAUUUGGAGGAGCAGCAGCUUGGAGGCCUUGGGGAGCUACAGCUGGUCCAGGUGCCUGUCUCUGCUGUGCCUGUAACGCAGGCCACUGUAGAGGAGCUACAGGGCACCUUCGUGGAUGCCACGGCCAUGCCCAAAGAUGGAAACCCUAUGAUCUGCCACACCCUGCCCCUGCCAGAGGGCUUCCAGGUGGUGAAGGUGGGUGCGAAUGGUGAGGUGGAGACGGUGGAGCAGGAUGAGCUCCAGCACCAGGAGGAGCAGCAGGUCCAGCCUGAGGAGGAGGAGGAGGAGCUGCAGUGCGAGACCCAGCCUGACGAUCCACAGUGGACCACAGACCCAGACUACCAACCCCCGGCCAAGAAGACUGCCAAGAAAGCAAAGAAGAGCAAGCUGCGCUACAACACUGAGGGGGACAAAGACAACAUGGACGUGUCUGUCUAUGACUUUGAAGAGGAGCAGCAGGAGGGAAUGCUCUCUGAGGUCAACGCAGAGAAGGUGGUGGGCAACAUGAAGCCCCCCAAACCCACCAAGAUCAAGAAGAAGGGUGUGAAGAAAACAUUCCAGUGUGAGCUGUGUAGCUACACCUGUCCCCGCCGCUCCAACCUGGACCGACACAUGAAGAGCCACACGGACGAGAGGCCACACAAGUGCCAUCUGUGUGGAAGGGCCUUUAGGACUGUUACCCUGCUGAGGAACCACCUCAACACACACACAGGUACCAGACCACACAAGUGUCAAGAUUGUGACAUGGCCUUUGUGACCAGCGGAGAGCUGGUCCGACAUCGUCGCUACAAGCACACUCAUGAGAAACCCUUCAAGUGCUCCAUGUGUGACUAUGCCAGUGUAGAGGUGAGCAAGCUAAAGCGGCACAUCCGUUCCCACACUGGGGAGCGUCCGUUCCAGUGCAGUCUGUGCAGCUACGCCAGCAGAGACACCUACAAGCUGAAGAGACACAUGAGGACACACUCAGGAGAGAAGCCGUAUGAAUGCUACAUCUGCCACGCCCGUUUCACCCAGAGUGGAACCAUGAAGAUGCACAUCCUGCAGAAGCACACAGAGAACGUGGCCAAGUUCCACUGCCCCCACUGUGACACGGUCAUCGCCCGCAAGAGUGACCUGGGCGUCCAUCUGCGUAAGCAGCACUCGUUCAUUGAGCAGGGACGGAAAUGCCGUUACUGUGAUGCUGUGUUCCACGAGCGCUAUGCUCUCAUCCAGCACCAGAAGUCCCACAAGAAUGAGAAACGCUUCAAGUGUGACCAGUGUGACUACUGCUGCAGACAAGAGCGUCACAUGCUGAUGCACAGGCGCACGCAUACAGGAGAGAAGCCGUACGCCUGUAGCCAGUGUGAGAAGACCUUCCGUCAGAAGCAGCUCCUGGACAUGCACUUCCGGCGCUACCACGACCCCAACUUUGUGCCUACUGCCUUUGUGUGCACCAAGUGCGGCAAGACCUUCACCCGCAGGAACACCAUGGCCAGACAUGCAGAGAACUGUAAUGGGGAUCCUACUGAAGGAGAGAACGGAACCCCGCCCAAGAGAGGACGGGGUGGGAGGAAGAGGAAGAUGCGCUCAAGGAAGGACGAUGAUGAUGAUGACGACGAUAGUGAGGACAAUGCUGAUCCUGAGCUGGAUGACAUUGAUGAAGAGGAUGAGGAUGCCGAAGAGGCACUGCUGGAGGAAGAUGAGGAGGAGAUGGAGUUGGAGCAGGCUCCACCCACCAAGCCUAUCCCCGCCCCUGUGGAGCCGCCCGUCAAGAGGAAACGGGGUAGACCCCCCAAGAAUGCGCCCAAACCUGCCUCACCUGCCAAAACUAGCAAGGCUGCCCUUAAGGGCAAGGCUGCUGCAGCAGCAGCCAUCAUCCAGGUGGAGGAUGAGAAUACAGGUGUCAUAGAGAACAUCAUAGUGAAGAAUGAGCCAGAGGCUGAGCAGGCUGCCAUAGAGGUGGUGGUGGAGCAGUCGGAGGAGGCAGAGGCAGGGGUGGAGACAGUGGAGCUGCCUGUAGCAGAGGCUGCCCCCAACGGAGAUCUCACCCCUGAGAUGAUCCUCAGCAUGAUGGACCGGUGAUCUAGCCCAGGCAGCUCAAAGACGUCCCCUUGUCCACCCUCUUCAUACAAUCUGCCAUAUUACAAACCACUCCGCUUUACACUUUAUUUUUAACAUCUGUUUCUUUUCACUCAAACCCACAUCCUUCCAUGCAUUCACUGUAACAGUUUAAGUUGCUUUGGUCUGUAGAAAUGUAGAUUUGGAUAAAUAAUGGCUCCAUUUUUUACUGUAAUCUAUUGGUGCAUGGAGGGGGGUGGUAGCUGAGGUUUGACACAUGGUGGACAUUGGGACUUAAUGCAGUGGUCAGUUGCACCCCCCCCAAUCUAACAACUAUUUUCGUAACCUGUUUGUGACCUUGACAUGGCAACAGUGAGUGCCAAGUGAGCCUUGUAAUCUAGAACCUUAUAUCUGCUGUAGACUAAAAUUAACUUUAGCUCGGCAUGUUGAUAGGAAUGGCUUUCUUUUUAAAAAAACAAAAAAGUUUUAUUUACUGCAUAUUCCAUAUGACUUAUUAUACUUGUCACAAAUGUUGAAGUUUGUAGAGGCUUCGAUCAACAUCAGGCCAGGGACAAUGAAAUCGUCCCUCCACAAAGUUUAAGGCUGCGGUUGAUAUGUUUGUACAAAAGGUAGUCUGGGCUCGUUUUGCUUGUAAAUACUUUUUAUUUUAGUUUUAUUACCAGCAUUUGAAUCUUUUUCUAGUGAUUUAAAGCCCUUUAAUGCUGGAGGAAAGUAAGUCAACCAUAGGUGUUGGGAACACAGGCUGUAUAUGGCUUUCUUAUCUCUAAUGUGGGAGGCUUUGCCUACUUUAAGAAUCAUGUUGGCUAUAUGACCUUCCAUGUUUUGAGCUUUUUAGCUUGAAUAUUUGUAGCGCAUUUGUGGGAGGUACAUUACUCACUCUUAUCCCACUGUUCAUCCCAAACCACAGUCACUAAUGCUCUAGUUUUUGAAAGAUGACCUUGUUUUGCAUUUCAAGAUGAGGUAAAGAGAUUAAGUGAUGUAAAAUGCAUUCAUAUUCUUAAAAGCUUUAAAGAUCUAUGAAAUUGUUGAGCAGGGGUAUUCAAUUCUUCCACUAUGAGGUCCAGAGCCUGCUGGUUUUCUGUUAUACCUGAUAAUGAAUUGCACCCACCUGGUGUCCCAGGUCUAAAUCAGUCCCUGAUUUUAGAGUGGAACAACAAAUCAGUGAUACUGGCUCCGGGGUUCAGAGUUGAAUUUGACGGCUGUAGAAGGUGUCCAAUUGGACUAGCUUCAAGUCUUAGCUGUAAAUUAAAUAUGAUUAUUGAGGCUUUGGUAAUCUUGUGAAGCAGAAUGUUUCUCCCGGUUCACUGUUAAUUUCUCAGACCAUUUUGUCAUAACUGCAUAGUUUUAUUGUGGGAUGUGUACAGGAGAGAGCCUUGAAAUUCUGAUAAUGAUGUUCAAAAAGGGGAGGAGAGAACUGAGGGAAGGAUAUUUUGUAUAAAGUUUGUUACUUGUUUAAGAUGACUAUUUACUUUCUUUCACAGAACAUUUUUAAUGCUGAUACAACCUGACUUUUCCUCUUACAUGUAAUUGCGUUUAAAUUGCUUUUUGUCAAGCGCUUAAAUUCUGGGUUGAUCAUUUUUGUACCUGGCUGUACUGUGUGAAUUUAGCAACGAUCUGAAAACCAACAUAAAUACAUGUGUUAUGGCUGGGUUGGGCUGAGAGGGCAUGUAUGAGGAAUGUACAGCUAAUAAAAAGAUAUUGGCCUACA